AGCGGAGAAUCUUGUUUGCAUAUCUUAUUUUCUAUGUAGUGUGUGGUCUCUACAUUAAAAUAGCUAUUAUACUUUUUUAUUUUAUUUUGAGGCGCUGUCAAAAUGGUUAAUAACACUUUUUUGAAUCGCUCAGUUUAAACGCAAAUUAUAUCGUCACAGGAUCGCCACAGUUUAUAAUGCUUUCAAAUCGCGAGAAAGAACUACUUAUAGAGCUAUGGGACAAACUGGCACUAGUGGCAGAAGAUAUUGGGUCUGAAGCUCUAUUAAGAAUGUUUACGGCGUUUCCUAAAACAAAGACGUACUUCGAGCACCUAGACCUCAGUCCACGAUCAGAACAUUUACGAUCCCAUGGGAAGAAGAUCGUUUUGGCCUUAGCAGAGGGCACAAGGGACAUAAGCACACCACUUUUUACCGAGAAUUUGGGCUACCUCGGUAGAUUUCAUGCCUACCAACUGAGAAUUCAUCCAACCAACUUCAAGAUUCUGAAUCACUGUAUGCUGGUGACAAUAGCUUGCUAUAUGGGUGAAGAUUUCGGCCCUGCUGUACACGCGGCAACGGACAAGUAUCUUUCGGCAUUUUCCGCAUUGCUUGCGGAGAAAUUCAGAUAAGGAACUUUCACGAGUCAGACGUAAUUAACAGGAGUAACUUUCACAAAACAGCAGUUCAGUCUCUAUCUUGGUCUAUCUCUAAGAAAACCUAGGGAAAACUCUGGAUGUGUUGUAAAUAGGAUGAUAUGUUUGUAAUAAAUGCGUUUAAAUAUG